AUGUCUACUGAGGCCAUGGACAUUGACGAAUCACCCAAUAGUUCUAAAAGCACUCAAAAGAAGGAAAAAGAGGGGAAAAGGAGGUUUGAAGUUAAGAAGGAAAUAAUUGCUCACAAUAACUGCUGA